ACAGUUUGUGAUUGUCAUCCGGUGGGCAGUUCAGGCAGGAAUUGCAACAUAACCAGUGGUCAGUGUCAGUGUAAGCCCGGUGUGACUGGCAUUAGUUGUAACCGAUGCGCUAAAGGAUAUCAACAGUCGAGAUCUCCUGUCCAGCCCUGUAUUAAAAUUCCUCAAAAUAAUGACAUAUCAUUUGCUUCAAUGGAAACCACAUCAGAGCCCGACUCCGGCGAUAGUUGUUCCACAUGUCAGGCCUCCACCAAAAGAAAAACUACCAGUGCUAUAGUGAGGAUAUCCCUUGGGCUGAGCGCUAGUCUGGUUGUUGUGCAUCUCAUACUCAAUGAGAGCUGUGGCCGCAAAUGUGUGCCUAAACCCAGACCUAACUCUAACUCCACUGCCAUUGCCUGCAAUCAAACUGAAGACCCAGCAUGCGAUUUGAGAAUACAUUUAGAGAAAGUGAUACCAAACAGAAAAACAAUUCAAGCGAACGUUAUAUCGCGAGAGACUGUCGGCGAUUGGGUUCGCUUUACGAUCCAAAUAAUGCAGAUUUACAAACACUCGACCACUAAAUUGAGAAGAGGUUCCGAAUUCCUAUGGGUGCCACUGGACGACCUGGCUUGCAAGUACGAGAGACUGUCGGCGAUUGGAGGUUCCGAAUUCCUAUGGGUGCCACUGGACGACCUGGCUUGCAAGUGCCCCAAGAUCAGAGUCAAACACACUUACCUUAUAUUAGGAAACGAUGAGAGAGAGACUCAGCCCUCGGGUCUGAUCGCCGACAGAAGGAGUAUAGCUAUUGAUUGGAAGGAGGAAUGGGCCGAUCGGAUGAGGAGAUUCCAAAGACGACAGUUUAAGGGAAAGUGUAAAACCGAUGACAGCGUCUGAAAUCAUCCUUUAUAUGCGGCACUCAAAUCAUUUUGAUUUGAAUGUCAGUCGAUAUCAAUGACACAAUUGUGACGAUUCAAGAGAAAGUCAUACAUUUAAAAGCAUACAUAUCCUUUGAAUUACAUAUUUGAGAUUAUGUGCCAACAGUUUAUUACU